AUGAAGCAGGGCAUACUGAUCUUGGGGCUUGUUGUCAUCACCACAGGCGUUGUUCGCUGCUUUUUUAACGGCUUUCCUUUUGGCGAUAUUUUUGAAAAUUCCCAUCACCAAAGUGAUGACGAGUCAUAUUAUGAGCUAUUUGGCAUGACCAAGGCUACUUUUGACGAAAAUGCCCUAAAAAAGUCCUAUAGAACGCUUCUGAAAAAGUACCAUCCAGAUCACAAUAGCGAUUCUGAUGCAAGCGAGCGUUUUGGAGAGAUUACAAAUGCCUACGAUGUCCUUUCUGACCCAGAGAAAAAGCGUCUCUAUGAUGCGUACGGAAAAGAUGGCGUUAAAAUGRGCGGCGCAAACGGAAACGGCGGCAGCAAUGCACAUUCAUCUGGAUUCCCAUUUGACAUCCAUCGGGACACACCAAAGUCCCACACUGUGCUGGUCGAAAUCACCCUCAGUUUGGAGGAAAUCUUUUCUGGAUCCGAUAAGCUUUUGCAAUUUUCCAGACAUUCUUUAUGCAAGCAAUGUAGUGGAAGCGGUGCCCAUUCACCCUCAGACGUUGUCCAAUGCCCAAAAUGCCAGGGUUCUGGAAUUCAAAUAGUAACGCAAGUGAUUGGGCCUUUUAUCCAAAGAUUUCAAUCCCAUUGUGAAGAGUGUAAAGGGGCCGGGAAAAAAAUCGAAAAGCCAUGCGCAUAUUGUAAAGGGUCAAAGGUAUUUCUUGAUGACUCCCCACUUCAUGUGCAUAUACCGGCUGGUGUUUUGGAUGGUGCCAAUAUUGUCCUUGAAGGAGUCGGAGAUGCGGGCGCAGAUGGGCGCUUUAUCCCAGGAGAUAUCCAUUGCAGAAUAAAAGAAGCCCCACAUCCGAUUUUCCGAAGAGGAAAAAAGGAUCCAUCAACGCUCUCUAUGGAUUUAUCCAUAUCUUUAAGGGAUUCUUUAUUAGGAUGGUCGACCACGGUCAUCGAUGUCUCUGGAAACCUUUUGAAAAUUUCACGAGAAAAAACUCUAACGCCACCAGGCUUUGUUGUUGAAGUCCCCAAUGGCGGCUUACUUAAAUCUUCAGGAAUUAUGGCCAAAAGAGGGUCAUUAUUUGUUUCCGUUUCUGUUAUCUAUCCAAAGGAACUUUCGUCUACCGAGUCAUCCAUAAUAAGGGACAAGAACCUAUUUCACGACAUAUCAAAGCCUGAGCCAAUACCCGUCAAAAGUCGAGCCAUGUAUCCGAUCCAUGACGAUUUGUGA